GUGCCCUCAUGCGACCAGGCGACGACCUGACCGUGAUGGGAGCCUUCAGCAGGUCACCGACUCCACCGAUAUCGAAGUGUCCCAUUCAACCCAGCCAUCAUGGCUGCCGCAGAAUACUUCAACCCAAAUGGUGGAGGCCAGCAUCAUCCUCCACCACCAUCGGGCCCUCACAAUGCACCUCAGAACCUGGGAGUGAAUCCUCCAUAUCCCAUGAGUGAUGCGCCUCCACCAUACUCUGUAUUUGCCCAGCAAAGACCGCAUUCGCAACCGCCUCCUCAGCACCGACCGCAAGCGCCAGACGACAUAUAUCGACCAGCACCGCCACCAGCGAACGGAUAUCUACAUGACAACAAGGACCCGAGAUCGUCGCAAGGAGGGCUACACAACAUGUAUAGACCAUCAGAUUUUAGCAGCGGAUCGUAUAGUACGUUGCAACAGCCACAAUCGUAUCAGCAACCAUACCAGCAGUCGCAGCCUGGCUAUCCAUUCCCAAAUGGCGCUCCAGCCAUGCCACACGUCUACGGCGACGGUGGACGUAAGCCCUCUUCGACGCCAGGCCACGCGCCAUCAGCGUCUCCGUACAGAGAACGGUCAAGAUCAAGAAGCAGAAGCCGAAGUCGGCAUAGAAAACACCAUCGACCACCAACACAACGAAAGAAGUCCUCCGGCGUGAACACCUUCCUGGGCGCUGGAGGAGGGGCUUUAAUAGGCGACGCCAUCUUUCCCGGUCUAGGAACUUUGGGCGGGGCGCUUUUCGGUGGAGCGAUGGGGCACGAGUAUGGCAAGAAGCGCACCCAGAGCAAUCCGAGUCGAACAGCAAGACAUCGAUCGUACAGCAACGAUUCCGAAUACUAUGGAGAUGACAAGAGAAGGGGACGGAAGUAUUGAGCGCAAUCGCUGGCAGGGCCGUGAUACUUGUCGGGAUGAAUCACCGAGAUGAUACCACGCGCUGGUCGUAAUUUUGGUAUCUUGUCUGCACCUUUAGCGAGUUGUCUUACGAGCACCAUGAUGUAAUGAAUGUAGUCAAUCGAAGUUUCGAAUGAACAUGUUAUCAAAUAG